AUGAAGUCUUACUUAUGCAGUAUUUAUGCUAACUCAACAAAUGUUUACUCGAUCAUAUAAGGGAGUAUUAUUCUUUAAAUUUUAUAAAUAAAUUUUUAGUAAACAUUUUUUCUCGAAACCUAAAAUCAAAAUUAAUAAUUAAUUAAAAUAAAAUUUAUUUUUUCAAUAUAGGCUUGUUAAAAUUAAAUAGAUUUAGCUAAAAUUUUAUUAUAAUAGUAUUACUUAUCUUUAUCAAAUAUUUUAAGAAUUUUUGAUUUUUUUAAACUCCCCCCCCCAUCCUUGAUCGAACGACUCGCCAUCGUUCGAUCAAGGAUGGGGGUUAAAAAAAAUUUUUAUAUAUAAAAUAAAAUAUAUAUACAAAUUUUUUUUAUUUACUUUUAAAUAAGAGGGUUAAGAGCAUUUAAUAAUUAUUUUUACAGCAAAAAAUUGAAUUAAUUUCAUAAAAAUAACAAUUUUUUAUAUUUUAAUUUAUUAGUUACCCCUUUAAACUGUAUAAAUUUUAAUUUGUUACUUAUUAAAUUAAAAUUUGUUUUUUAAAAAUUUUAAAAAAUCUCUAUUUUAUUAGAUUAUUGAGUUUUUAAGCCCAUGCUGAUGACUAAAAUUACUUUGAAUAGUUGAUUCCGAAGCUUUCUAUCGUCUCAAAGUCUCUGAAAACAACUUCAUUAGGUACAUCUUCCCAAGCUUUUGAUGACUAUUAUAUUUUUAUAUAUAUAAAAAUUUGCAUGAUAUGAAAAUCGUUCGAUCAAGGAUGGGGAUUAAUUUCCCCAAUUUUUAGAAUUUUUACAUUCAAUCGUUCGAUCAAGGAUGGGGGGGAGUAAGGAGGAAGUUAAUCCCUUCAGGGAGAAUUUAUCGAUUUUUUGCUCACUUAAGGAGGGAGUAAGCAAAAAUUCAUUGAUUUUUGUGUCAGCGAACUCAUCUCACUUUCUUCAAUCCACGGAAUAUGUCCAGAGACUCUUUUUUCCACUUACAAUCUUCCAAAAACUUAUACAGAAUACGACUAUUGUGAGCAUUUUUUACCUCAAAUCACUGAGAAACCCUUCAUCUACGUAAAUCUUCCAAAUGUGAGUGCUGCAGAGCAUAUAGCGAAGAGAGGAGUUUGCAUUGAGAGAUUCACUUUCCCGCUUGCCGAAGCUGACUCAAUAAGCAGUUUAGUAGAAAAUACACUUCAGAGAUUUAAUAAUGAUCCUGAAGCUGCUCAAUUUAUAUUAGCAGAAAGUCCAUUUGCAUUCAGAUUUGAUACAUAUCAAAGCAGUGUUUCCCAAGAAGAGAAAGAAUCCAUCGUUAAAUCGUUUGGUGUCAUACCAUUUAAAGGAACAGUCGACCUGAGAUCUCCUGAGCGAAAAUUCAUUGUCAGCAUAAGCAAAAGCAAAUGCUACUUUGGACUCGAAAUAGCAAGAUCGAAGGACACGAGGACAAGAUUCUAUGCAAAAUACAGCUUAUCUGACCGAGAGUAUUUAGGCCCGACCACAACCGAUAUGGAGCUGGCACUGCUUAUGGCAAACCAAGGGAAAGUUUUGGAAAAUUCUUUAGUUCUUGACCCUUUUGUUGGGACAGGUGGGAUUUUAAUUGCAGCUUCACAUUUUGGUGCUACUUGCUUUGGUGGUGAUAUUGAUGUAAGGGUUUUAAAAGGCUUAGGAGUGGGGAGAUCGACAAAAAACACUGAAGCCGACAUUUUCACAAAUUUCGUCAAUUAUGGCUUCCAAAAGCCAGAAAUCAUUUGCUGUGAUACCUCCAGAAGUUGCUGGAAGUCUGGGGAGAUUUUCGAUGCUAUUAUUUGUGAUCCUCCAUAUGGAGUCCGGGCUAGCUCAAAAAAGAUAAAAAAAGAUGCAGUGGGGACAAUUUUACCAAGAGAUAGCUAUCAUGGGGCAAGAGUGUUUGAAGAUUUAUUGAACUUAGCCGCUAGGCUGCUACGAGUUGGUGGAAGGCUUGUAUAUUUGCUUCCAACGAUAAGAAAUUCUUACUCUAAGGAUGCAGUUCCCACUCAUCCUUUAUUGAAGCUUGUAGGAAACUCUGAAAAUAUUUUGUCCAAAAAAAUAUCAAGGAGGCUAAUUACAAUGGAAAAGCUAGAAGCUCCAGUUAGCGUUGAAAAUGAGGAAGGAAAAGAACAGUUUUAUGCAGGAAUUAGAGAGAAAUGGUUUUUGAAGAAUGAUAAUUAG